CUGUGGAGGAGAUUCCAACACCCGGCCACACCCUAAUUACAUUGUCGGUUGAUUUAAAUUCUCUCAUUUAAACCCAUUAGUGAUUAUAUCCAGCAUGGCAUCCAGAUCUAUCAACAAAAACCGGCGCUAUAAGUAUGCCGCUGGUGCCGCCGCGGUUGUGGUGGGCGCUGGAUUUUUAUUGCUCAACACUUUCCCACACUUGAGACAGAAUUUUUUUGGCCUUUUAUCUAACCCAAAGAGCAAUCCUAAGGAUACGAAAUACCAAAAACCCGCCAAAAGCGGCGAGGAAGAGGAUAACGAAUUGGCCGAUGAGGCCCACGAUGAAGAGGAGGCCGCCCAUUCUCGCUCAGUAACUUCUUACACCGCACCACAGGGUGAAGUCGAACAGUGGUCGCACACUGAGUUGAAGGAAUGGUUAGAGAGUAAAGAAAUUUUUGCUCCUGAAGAUGCUCCUACUAAUGAUCUUGUCUCCUUGGCUAGUUCCCUUAUUAAAGAGAUUUAAUAUAACAAAGAUGUUCCUAGCAAACCUCAUUAUCUAUCAAAAGUCAUUGAAAACCAACUCCUUUUGAAUCGCAGACUAUAAGCGAUGCUGAGGUAUUGGCUCCGGACCCCACUAUGUAACAGCCUAUCUUUGUUCUCAAAGGUUUACUCUGUAUCUUACAUUAUCUGUUUCUCGCCGUCCAGACAGCUUCAUUUUCUCAGUACUUCCAUUCUCCUACUGGCCAGGCUCUGUGGCAUGCGCUACGGGAUCCUGUUCGUCUGUAUCAUGGCAGAACCUCGAGGUUUCUGCUAUUCUAGUCUUUCGGCAAGCCACAUGUGGUAGAGAGGCUAGGAUGUACAAUAUAUACCACUUUACGAC